AUGGCCCUCACUUUCAGUCACCUCACUGCCGCAACCUUUGAGAAAGAUGUCGGACGCGGAAGGAAACGACCCAGAGUCAGAGAAGCCGUUUCAUGUGAACAAUGCCGGACUCGCAAGAUUCGUUGUGAUCGAGAAACACCAUGCAAGCCAUGCAAAGACCGCGGACAUGCUUCAAGUUGUGUCUAUAGCAGCCACAAGGACCGCAAUCAACAUGCUGCUGUCAGUCCUGGUACCGACAAGACCAAGAUUACAAAGUCUCCCAGUAAAAGUCCUCCUCAGACGCCCUCCAUCGAGGUGGUCCCGCCCUUCCAGACAUAUACUCCUUCCGAGAGCUGCUCCUCCUCAAGCAGCUGGGAGACACCUGAGCGAAUGCUCAGCAUCGACCGAGCACUCUCCCCCUUCUCCCGGCAGCCAUCACCACUACCAAGUCCCCGAAGCCCUCGUUUCCAAACAUCAUCAGCUAGCAAAACCCGCAUGAUCGGGCUUAGCCACUGGAUGGCUCCCUGCAACGAAAUGGACGUCGUCCGCGCCAUGCUCGACCACUCCGAGCCCUUCAAUCCGUGUCGCAAAACCUUCCGUGAGCUCAAGACCAUGCUCCGCUUGCACAACUCUGUCCCCCCGUCUCUCCCGACUCUGACGAGCGACACCGACCUCAAACUCCUCCUCCCUGACCGGCCCACCUGUAACCGGUGGUGCGCCCAAUACCAAGCCACGUACGGCCGCAUCUACUCCAUCCUCGACCCCAAAGCCCUUGGCACAGACGUGGACCGCAUUUACAUCGGCAUCCUCUCUCACCCUAUUCAUUUCUCUAAGGUUCUGCUAGCCAUGGCCAUCGCCAUGCAACCCUCCUCUUCCUCCGACCGCCUGUACGGUAGGAGCUUAGCCCGCCAGGUUGAGAUCUUCCUCCACUCUUCCAGUCGGUUCCAAAAACCCUGCAUCGGCGUCGUGCAGGUGCAUCUCCUCCUCAUUGUCCUGAAAACGAUCUCCGCCUCGGACACGGAUAAGAUAUAUGACUUGAUGGGUCUGUACGGCAUCACGACGCAGAUCGUGUUGAACAUGGGUUUGCAUCGGGAUCCUGCGCUCUUUGCGGAUGUCAGUCCUUACCACGCGGAGGUGAGAAAGAGGCUAUGGGCGACCUUUGUGAGGUUGAAUCUGGAUUAUUGUGUCAGGAGCGGGACGCAAUUCACCCUUCGUCUGGAAGAAAGCGACUGUCCCCUGCCAACCACCGCCGGUCUUCGAGCCCCGACGGACUCGACUACCACCAUACUUGGAUGCGAACCGGAUGAGCAGGCUAGAGCAGAUCUGGACUUUGGGAUCGCGGCCGCGCGAUUAGCCAACGUCGUUGGACCCAUGCAACAAGCUCUUUACUCGUCCAAAGCCGGGGAAGCCUCGGACCCCUGCCAGUUGCAGAACGAGCUCAGGGCGGCGUACGAGGACAUCAUUGCUUCCCUCCCUGCAGAGCUUCAACGUGGCCCUGGCUCUGGCUCACCUCGACCAAGCUCAACAGACCCCAUGCAAUCCCUCCAGCAAUCCAUCCUCUCCAUCACCUUCCACAGCUUCCUCUCCAUCAUCAACCUGGCCUCCACCCUCGGCUGCCCGCCUCACAGCACGCAGCGGCCGUCGCUCAUGGAGAUAUGGGACUACUCCACCUCCGUCUUUCACGAGUUUCGAUCCCUCUGCCAGUCGUCAUCCCCAAUUCCAGCAGCAGUAGCAGCGGGAAAAAUAACAGACAUAGCAUGCCACCUCCUCUGGACAGACGCCUGUCGUGCCGUACUAGCAGCUUGCUGGACCGUCUCCCGACUCCGGGAACUCAAUGUCCCCAUGUCCCCUCACCCGCAGCAAAGCACGACGAUGGUGCACAUGCAUGUGUUCCAGCAGAUCCUGACGGAUGCAUUGGGGUUCUUGUCAGGGAUGUGGAAAGCCAAGUUCCAUUUGGGACCGGUGGCCGCCAAGACCAGUCUCAUUCUGGCUGUUACUCUCAAUGUAACGCUUGCUGCACAACAACAAAACAGCAGUAGCAGCAGCAACUUGGAUUUAGCACCAGCACUGAUGGAAGUGGGCGUCGUCACUGCUGAGAUGCUCAUUGGGGAGUUUACUGCUGCUUUGCAACAACAGCAACAGCGACAGCGACUUCAGCAGCAGCAGCAACAACAGCAACAGCGACAGCGACUUCAGCAGCAGCAGCAACAGCAGCAACAGCAACAGAGCCGACAGCCUACCAGCUGUAAGCUCCCGGAUCUCAGCGGCCUAGGCAUCAUGACCUGUUACUCCCCUAGUAUCAUCUCCGGUACCUCACUCUCCCCCCUCUCCGAUCCAGACAUGGAGGAGGAGUCCCCCAUUUCCAUGUCCAUGCCAUUCUCGGCGGCACCAGAAGCGACUGCCCCUGGUUUCAGUUGUACUGAAUUGCCGCUGGGCCAUCACGGGUACGACGAUUUUCACAUCAUCAACAAUGGGACAGCAGCGAGCAUACAGCAGCAGCAGACGCAGAAGGGGAUGCAGCAGGAGGGGGGAUUGGGAAUUUAUCCUAGCUUGAACCUUGAUGACGCAUAUCAGCAGGGGAUGAUGGGUAGGAUGGGUUUGAAUGGGAUGGAUGGGAUGAGUUUGUGGCAAUGA